UUCUACAAUUAGAAACCUACACACGUCCGUCCCACCGCUCCUUGGUCAGGUCAAGUCGCUGACAUAUCGCCGCUCAUGGAAGAGAAAUCUAUUCAGGCCAAAGACGAAGUGAAGGACCUGAUGCAGGGACGGAGGCAAAGAGAUUGUUUGGUGUGAAAUUUAAGCAAAAGUUACGCCGCGGCGAUCCCUGGCCUCUUAUAAAAGAGAAACGGUGCAAGCGUAUUCUUCUCACCAUCACGUUCCAAUUCACCGAAAUCCGAAUAUUCUCAUCUGAUCCUGCCACCGAACUUCUGCUUAUUCUUUUAUUUUCUUGUAUUUCGAUCUGGAUUCCUUCGAGGCCUUUCGAAUCCGCGGAGAAGCUGUGAGCGAUCUCUUGUGACCUCCGAUUAGAUCAAUUCCGUUCGCCUCUGGAUCUGCAGCCGGUGCAACAGCUCGCGGGGAUCCGCUUCUUCAUAAUCUGGGGAGAUCUGCUUCAUUCUGCCCUAUUGUAUCCGUUGGUUCUUCAGUCUGAGAAGAAGGUUUGAAAUGCUAAAGAACGGGAUGCUAGAAUGCAGUGUUUGCCACUCCAAGUUGCUGUCACCGAGUAGUAAGACUAUUUCAAGGGCAUAUGAUAAACAUAGAAGCAACGUGUCAUCUAAAAAUCGUGCUUUGAAUGUGCUUCUGGUUUUUGGUGAUUGCUUCUUGGUUGGUCUACAGCCCAUCUUGGUCUACAUGUCUAAGGUGGAUGGAAGUUUUAAAUUUAGUCCCCUCAGUGUGAACUUUUUAACAGAGGCUACGAAGGUUCUCUUUGCCAUCAUUAUGCUAUUACUGCAGGCUAGGCAACAAAAGGUUGGAGAGAAACCACUGCUUUCAGUUUCGACAUUUGUUCUGGCAGCUCGUAAUAACAUUCUUCUCGCCAUUCCAGCUCUUCUGUAUGCCAUCAAUAACUACUUAAAGUUCAUUAUGCAGUUAUACUUUAAUCCUGCAACUGUUAAAAUGUUGAGUAACCUCAAGGUCUUGGUAAUUGCACUUCUAUUAAAGAUGAUAAUGAAAAGGCGAUUUUCUAUAAUUCAGUGGGAGGCACUUGCACUUCUUCUCAUAGGAAUUUGUGUUAAUCAACUGCGAUCUUUUCCAGAGGGUACAACUGUGCUGGGUCUUCCGAUAGCUACUGGCGCAUAUAUUUACACAUUAAUUUUUGUAACAGUUCCAUCGUUGGCCUCUGUGUACAAUGAAUAUGCUUUGAAAAGUCAGUUUGAUACAAGCAUCUAUCUUCAGAACUUAUUCUUGUAUGGCUAUGGUGCAAUAUUCAACUUCAUUGCUAUUGUUGGAACUGCCAUAUUCAAAGGGCCUGGCAGCUUUGACAUUCUACAAGGGCAUUCAAGGGCUACAAUGUUUUUAAUCUGUAACAAUGCUGCACAAGGCAUACUCUCCUCAUUUUUUUUCAAAUAUGCUGACACUAUACUAAAGAAAUAUUCAUCAAGCGUUGCAACCAUUUUCACUGGCAUAGCCUCUGCUGCGUUGUUUGGUCAUACACUGACUAUAAACUUUAUAUUGGGCAUAUCAAUAGUGUUUAUAUCAAUGCACCAGUUCUUUUCUCCUCUUGCAAAAAUUAAAGAUGAGGUCCCAAGCGGAAUUGAGAUGAUGCAUGCUCAGAACCACAGGUCGAAGGAAGUAUCAAUUUUAAAUAUGACUGCUGGAGCAAAUGAGGAUUCUAACCAUCGUAGUGAAGCUGAUGAGAGACAGCCACUUCUGCCAAUGUGAUUUCAUGUUGUUUACUUUAAGGAGAGAGAAUAUUCUUUAGCUAGAUAUGCUAUAUAGUAUGAGCCAGUGCUAACUACAAUGAAUAAAAAGCAAGUUGAAUGAACGCGGGAGCUUGGUCUGUGGACUAGAGAGGGUGUUGAACUAAGGCGUGCGAUAGCUCAUUUUGGGAACAUGCUAUUAGCCACACAGGACUUGCCUUUAUUCAAAUUAUUAUUUUUUUAUUUUCUUCUUAUUUGGCCCUAUGCUUCUGCUUGCUACUUUAUGCAUUCGAGCAAGGAUUGUAGCAUGUUUUCUAUGUAUAAAUUGUUGCACCAAGCUUGUUUAUUUUUGAAUGGAUGACAAGUUCUGUUCAAAUUGUGUGAUGUUUUUCAUAUUACAGUGUAAAAAGUUAUUCCUUUUUGACCGAGGCAUAUUUACAUUAACAACGAAAUUUUUUUCUUUGGAUUUCUA